GACCCCAGCGCGCUCGUGCGAACAUGGCGACCGACCUGCCGGCCGGUGUGGACCAGGCAGCAGCCUUGAGUCAUCUGGAUAAGAAUGUGAGCUCCGACUUGGUGCAUAUCUUUCAAGAAUGUGGUGUGCCGUUGGGGCUGCAGUACCGGCUCACAUUGAAUUUCCAAUCUGUCAAGCGGUUUUCUACAUAUGCUGAUUCCCGGGCGGAUGUGCGGACUGCUCUGAAGGAUGAUCAUGGUUUAGAGGCGGCGGACCAGGCGACCCGGGCAGCUGUGGCCUCCGUGGUCUCCGCUUGGGAGACUGCGAAAGAAUAUGCAAGCAAGGAGUCUGAAUUGCGGGCUGAGGCUCGCAUGCUGGGCGUCAGCCGACCAGUAUCGCAAACAGAGAAGCAAGCGAUGCGUGCAGCGUAUGAGGCUGCGCACGGCAGCCUCGAAGAAGCAUUCGAGCCCUCUGAUGAUUAUAUAUCGGCGAAGUUAGAAGAGAUUGAGAAUGGGGAGAUUUCUGCAAGUGCUUUGUCAGAGGUUACUUCGAAGAAGCGUGUGAGGACAAUGGGGAUACAGACUACUGUUGACACUGGGGGCCACGUGCGGAUAGUGAAGCAGAGAAACAAGGGUGUGAUGCCACAGCACACCGAGGAGCUGCGCACAGUACUGCGAGUGGAGGGCAAUGCUUGGACCAUGCUUGCUUCUAAGUUCAAGAACAAGGUUUUCUUUGCAGACAUGUCUCCAGACGCAUGGUUGGCAUACGCGAAUUACCUUUUGGGCGAGAAAGUAUAUCUAAUGCAAGUCCCAGCAGGUGGCAAGGGGGGCAAGAUGGAUCAGGCCCCGCUUCGGCCGCCAUGGGUGGUGGUUCUCAAUUAUGAAUAUGAACUUCGGAAGGAAGCCAUAAAGAGGGCAUAUCGAGACUCGCGGCCGCUCCGCGAUACCCUGCGGGAAGUCACUGAAGAUGCUCAGAUCAAAGAACAAUAUUUUACAUCGCCCAUCGCCCUACAGAACCGGGGCAAGCGUGCUAGCGAUUCUUGGGAACCUUGGGAUGAUGGCAACUACAACAAGUGGAAUCGGAACUCAUGGAAAGGCGGCUGGCAGCACAGAGGCGACAAUGACAAAGGAAGGAAAGGAAGGAAAGGAAAGGAGGAUGGAAAGAAAGGGAAGGAUGGAAAGGAUGGAAAGGAUGGAAAGGGAGGAAAGGGGCAGAGCGUCACCUCUUCGAGGACUCCUGAUGGCCGUUUCAUCUGCUUUGCCUACUCUGGACCUGGGUGUGAUGGCAACUGUGGGAUGGUUCAUUGCUGUCAGGUGAAGGGAAACUUUGACAUCGUGCAUGAGUGUUUAAAGGAAUGCGCAACGCGUGCGGGGAUCCAGCUCAAGGUUGAUCACCUGUGCGAGGACGGCAAACUUGGCAGCUGGACCGAUCCCGUGGCUUGGGCUGCGAUCUUCGAUAAGGUAGGGCGUCAGGGUUCGGACUGGGCCACCAGUUCAGCCCUGCCUUCGGCUUUCGCCGAGGAGAUAGCGAACAUGCUGCUUUGCUCAACUUGUGAUCAUCGCUCAACUGAUGGAUCAUUCCAAGGUGCCGAAGCUUUUGCUGAUUUUCUUUUGACAAAACAUGACACGAUCAGUUUGCAUGAUGCCGAAGCUUUGUUUAAGUUGCUGCCGCUGGAAGCGGCGCAUCCUGCUGUGCAAAUGCCUAGCGAUGCAGGUGACCAAGCAUUCUUCGGGGGGGCUUUCCGCAAAGGCCCCUUUAAAGGACUACGGAGAAGCUGCACUGCCUUCCCAAAGUCUCUGCAAUGCUUCACCCGACUUCUGCGGGCGCACUUUCCGGGAGAUGUGUUCAGUUCCAUUGGUGUUUUCUUGAAUGUGCAGGCUGAGAUGCAUAAAGAUUCCCGAAAUGGUCCGUUCCCCAACUUGCUGCUGGCGCUCUCAAGCUUUACUGAUGGACAGGUCUGGACCGAAGAUGCUGCCGGGACCAUCUUCCGGGAGGUGCGUGGUGUUUUCAAGCCAGGAGAACGACUGCUUCUUGUGGGUUUUACCAUCUCCGAGCCGUUGAAUGCUUUGGCAAGCGCUGGAGAAUGGGAUCAUGCUGGCAACAUUCGAAAGGUUCUUGCAGAGGCGGUUCACCAGGCUAUUCCUGAUCUGAGGAAGGCUGCCUUCGCUCUUGCAACAGGCCGUCUGAUCAAGUCGCCGUUCAGCGAAAAGCUGAUCCAUGAUGUGAGGGCUCGAGUGGCUGCGACUUUACCUGAUCCUGAGCAGGCAUUGUGCAAACCUGAUGGGCAGCCCUUCAUGCUGCAUAUGCUUUCGCAGUCACUCAAGAUCUUGGGUGACCCGGACUACGAGAUACUUGAUCAGGGCAACGAGAGCUUCGCUGAAGGGGUACCCCUGGGUUGGGACAAGCCGAUUGCACGGACGCCACAGGUCUUUCCAAAGCGCACUCAUUUCAGGAAGCUCGACGAGAGCGACUUUGACCCUUCAAUGGUCAACUAUCGCUCAGCGGAGUUGAAUGCCGCACAGCUUGAAGAAAAGUUCAGGCAAGAUGAGCAGGCCGGAAUGAUGUUGUGUACUACUGAACCGGAGGCUCGGCGGAAGUACGGCUCCGAGGCUGUGCUCAUCGCUGCGAUGGGUGCGGUGACUAAGGCAAACGGUGAUGUCAGACCAUUGCAUGACGGAACACACGGCAUCAACUUAAACAACAGUAUUGUCAUCUUGGACAAACUACAGGUCCCGAGACCGGAGGACUUGCAGGAGGUGGCUUCGAGGGUGAAAGAGAGCAAAGAAGCACCUUUCUCUCUAUGCGCAGACAUCAGCCACGCGCAUCGCAAUGUGAAGGUGCGAGAAUGCGACUGGCCACGUUUGGCAUGCAAGUCGUCCAGUGCAUCACGCGUCUUAUGGCUCAACAAGGUUGGGACUUUUGGCGUGAGUUCCGCCGCCUACUACUGGACGCGCUUGUUUGGCACAGUAGGGCGGUGGGCCUUUCGCGUUUUGCACUCGGACAAGUUUUACAUGCUAGUGUACGUUGACGAUCUACAUGUUGUGGUGUACGGCAGUGACAAAUUUGAAACCCUUUGGAUUCUUUUCCUUGCACUGGAAGUUAUGGGCACACCUUUUUCUUUCCAUAAGUUUAAAGGGGGUGUGAAUGUCGAUUACAUCGGGUAUCAUCUUUGCUACUACACUUGGUCUGCGGGCAUUUCAGAGAAGCGAGCAACUUGGAUCAUUGAAUGGAUCAACCAGGCUGAGCAAGCACAGUGGAUGGUGACAGGGCGUCAGCUCACCGAAUUCAUCGGGCGCUUGAAUUUCGUGACCCGUCUACUUGCGUGGUUGAAACCUUUCUUGGCACCGCUCUUUGCUUGGAGUGCCGCGCUCAACCGUAGCACAGCUGCUACUGCACCAGAGAUGGUAAUCCACGUGUUGCGGUUUUAUCAUUGGCAGUUCUUGAAUGGCGCCCGCCUGGACACGGUGCACAUGAGCUGGCCUUCUUGUGACCGACAGGCUUUCAGGACAGACGCCAAGUGCGAGACCGGCCGGAUCGUGCUGGGUGGAUGGUCGCUGGAAAAUGGGCUAAACACUCAGCAAGCUUCGUGGUUCGCGCUAGAGAUUUCACCAACUGAGCUGCCGGCCCUGUUUAAAGAAGGGCACUCUUCCGAAUGGGCUUCAACUACUGCUGAGCUUCUUGCGUCUUACGCGGGCCUCGUGGCGUUCGGACACCUUGUGCCAGCAGGGGGAAGGGACUCACUUCGCUUUCAGGUUCACGCCGGGACAGACAACUCGGCCACUCCUGCGGUUCUGUCAAAGGGGAUCAGCAACAAGUGGCCGGUGCAAGGGUUGCAUAUGCAGAUGGCGGUCUCACUAAGGAAGGCCAACAAGGUGUGCCGGCUGACCUGGCGACCGCGCGAAGAAAAUCAGGACGCAGAUGAUCUUACGAACCUUCGUUUUGGAAAUUUUGAUCAUAGCCUUAGGGUUCCCCUUAAGUUGGCCGACAUACCACUUGAGUUGUUUCAUAUGCUGCAUCAGUCACAUGCCGAUUUCAUUGCAGAGAAGGAUCGCUUCCUCAGCUUGAAGCGGGUUGAGCCGAAAACCUCAAAGAGGCAGAAGCUUUUGGACAAGACGAGCUGGUGA